UUCCCCCCCCCCCAUUUCGAGUUGCAAUUUGCCUUCAAUUUAUAGGAUAGUAGGAGCAAGGAGCCUUUAAUUUCUUCCCGUUGAGAAUUGAUUGUUGCGAAUCAAACGGAAGAACGUUGGAGCAUCCGCGCUGGUUUAACACGAAGAGGAAGAAGUCGUAGACUUCAAUCCUCAAUUCUUUUUUUUUUUCGUUCUUGCGUAAAUCUUUAAGAGGACAAGGCCUGGACUUCUUUAUUUGAUGAUGGGUUUGGGCUCUAGCCAAAAUCAAUAUCUUCUUUCCAAACUUGAACUGCAUUUUGGCCUUUUGCUGCACUUUCUCCACAAAUAAGAUAUCUGAUAAUUUGGGUUAGGAAAAAUAAAAUAAAAAUAAAAAAAAUGUAAAAAAAUGAUUAAAAUCUACUAUUUUUUGAAAGAAAAUAAAAAGAAUGUAAAAAUAAGAAUUAAAAUAAAACUAAGCUAAACAACUAAAAAUUAAAUACUAAAAUUAUUAAAAAUACCUAAAAAAGAAUAAAAAGAACUAACCCAAAAACGACUUAUCAAAUACCCCCACACUUAAGACUUGAACGUCCUCGUUCAAAAGACCAAAAAGAAACCAUUUGAAUCUUUUCUAUCAUCAUUAAGAAAAACAAAGUGCACCUUAUAAACCCACACUUAAAACUUUAUGCCCAUAGCAUUUUAAAAACAGAAUGAGCUAGAAAUCCUACAAGGAUGGAAAACUAAGGUGUGGAUUUUUUGGGUUCUAAUAAAUGCUCUAAAGCUGCUACAAAAAAGUUUCCUAGCGGAAUCCUAUGGUUUAAACGGCUCAAUAGCAGCGGUAGCAAUGUUUAUCAAUAAGCCUAAAAAUAUAAAAAUCACUCAAUUUUCUAAAAAUAAAAGGCUCCUAAAACUGGUUUCUCUCUCUUUUUUUUCAGAUUUUAAUAUCAAGCAAUGGUUGAUUAGGCAGCAUCUAGAUAAUAUGUGGAUGGCCAGUUCUAGAAAACAAAAUUCUAUGGGAUUCCUAGAAGGAUUUCAAACAUUUUAAGGUCAUUUUUUACCAAGAAAAGAGCAUAAGACUCAAUGCGAGUUUAUAAAAUAUACACUUGCUAUCUUUCAGAAUAAAGCCCCAAGAAAAACAAUGAGGUUUUUGCGCCAAAUUUUGAAAACAAUGCUCUAAAUAAGGAGAUAUUCAACAAAGAAUGACAAAAUAUUUGGACCCAAAACCUAUUUUUUGAAAAAAAAUUUGCCCCAAAAGUUUUUUUAAGCAAUGACACAAGCAUGAGCAACUCCCCCCACACUUAAAAUUUGCAUAGUCCUCGAUGCAUCUAUAUGGUAUGCAAAUAUUAAGCAAGCACGGACUUAGCAAAGAGAGAAGGGGAGAGGGGAAUUCAACAAAAAAAAGUAUACGCGGCAUCAGCUCAUCACUUUUCUCGUUCCUUAUCAUGCUUUUGUUGGACCUAAAAAAUCUGCAAAAAGAAGGCUAAGACCAAGUCUUUUAGCUUUGAAGAGAUAAAAAAUCAGAUUUAAAGAAAUGCAGAUCUCAAGCUUCAAGUCAGGUUCUGGAAACAAAUUCUUGUGCCUUUUUGCACUUUUUAAAACAAAAUGCUGCAUAUGAGAAGGUAAAGUUAUGAUAUCUACUUCCAAAGCAGCUCAUAUGCAUCGAUUAAACAUCAAAAUUUAGUAAAUUUGCAUCUUAUGAACUCAAAACCCAGCUUGAACACCAAGAAAAGAGUGCAGAUUUUUUAUAUUUCAGCACGUAUAAGCUGUAAAAAGUGUAAAAUUUGCAUUUUGCACUCAAAAAAUCAGCUUACAAGUCCAAAAAUAACUUUUCAAAAUGCAGAACUUUUCAUUAGUAUCCAAAAAUCAGCUGUAAACAAUGCAUAUAUCUCAACUUUCAGCUUAAAGGAUAGGCUAUUCACUUGUGCAAAAAAGUAUGACUUUAUAGUGCAACUUCUCAUUGUGCAAGUUGUAAUAUCAGAACCCAAUCUUUGAACACAAAAAGGAUAAGGAAACUGAAGCUUAAACCUGGGGCAGUUGGAGGCUAGAGCUACUGAUUUGGAUCAGAUUUCACACCUGUUUGUGCAGAUUUUUACUCCAAAGGGCAUGCUUCUACCUAUGACUUAAUAGAUCUUGAAUAUUCACUCAAAUAAAUGGUUAGAAGCAUACAUGUAGCAAAAUUGACCAUUAAAAAAUAGCUAAAGCAGCAAUAUUUCUGAACUCCUGAUGAUGAAUUUUUAGAACCUAAGUUUUCUGCAUUUUUGCACUUUGGCAUCAAAACUUAGCAUAUAAGGGUCAAAUUCAGAGUGCAAAAACAAGCUAAAUACCUCUAAGUCAGUUCCUAUGCCUGUAUUUAACAAUUAAAGAACAUAAUUCAGCAAGUAGGCAUCUUAGGAACUCAAAUUCAGCAUGAAAAUCAAGAAAAGAUGUUGCAGAUUUUUUUAAUAAAAAUGGCAGUGUAGGUCUAAAGUUCAACAAAUUCGGCUUCUAAACCUCAAAAAUCAGCAUAUCAACAUCAUCUCAUGCUUCUAGAUAUUGCCCCUAAGCAAGAUAUAUCAAUAAUAAUUCAUAUUUGAAGCAAAGGAGUACCCCAAGGGACAAAAAUCAGCACACAUGCUAAGUAAAAAGUGCAGAAUUUAGAAAAAUCAGCAACUUUAAAUCAAAGUACUUGCAAAUUCAGCUUCAAGUGCAUCUAAAUCAGCCUAUGGAGCAUGUAUCAACAAAAACCAACAAGCAAAAUGCAUAAAAUAAUGUUCAAAAUGCAUAUUUUCCAAGAAACGGUACCGGAAUCUCACAAAAUAGCAUAUUGACAAUCAAAGUUAAGCACAAAUGCAAACAAAGUUGUUGAUUUCAGUUUGCUCUCCUAUGCAUACCACACCUAACCUCAAUGCUAUGCCUUUAACAUAUGAAAUGAUUUUGCACAAAAAAGUUUGAGGCAUGCAUUCUCAAACAAACACAAAAAGAACAUACGUACAUCAUAAAUUGAUUUUAUACAAAACUUUCCCCGGCAACGGCGCCAAAAUUUGUUGGGGACUUGUCGUGCGGUCCAAAACAAAUUAAAAAAUUAUAAAAUAUCCUUAACUAACCCCCAAAAUAUAAUCAAAUAAAAACUAUAGCUAGGGCAAGUAAGGGUCGAUCCCACGGAGAAAGUUUGUACUUUUUAAAAUCAAAUUAGCAUGCAAACACAUUGUCACUAAAAUAAAACAAACUAACUACUACACAUAUGAUAAGACGUAUAAAACUUAUAAUAAAACUUAUAACUAAAAACAUAUAAAAACUUAUAAAUAUAACUUUUAUAAACAAAUUAGACUUAUAGAU